AUGCUUCGCAACGGUGCUACGCGCUUCGCGAGAUCAAUUACCGCGCCCGCUGCGCGCCCAUUCGCGUCCGCUCAACGGACGGCCCCUGCACAUCAAUGGACCACACAGUUUGGUUCUCUGGCGUCCAAGCGGCCACAAACAUCGCAGUUGGCACGCAUAACUCUGAUCAAAUCUUCAAUCCUUCGCCGAAAUAUCACAAAGGAGCAGGAGAAGGCGGAGGAGAAAUAUGCACACGAGAAGCUUGAACCCACACCAGAACGCGUGUCGACGACCAGCACAAUUCAUCCCUUCCUCUCCGAACAUGGCGCCCCUGCGCCUGAGCCAGAUGUCGAUAUGAUGAAGGGUGUGAAGAGCGACUUGGAAACCAUUCGCGAAACCUUCAGUCUGAAAGACGUGCCAAGAGAGGCCUACUACAUGGGUCUUGCUGGUACUAUUCCUUACCUUGGUACUUCACUUGCUACGGUUCUAUGCGCAUACGAGAUCAAUCACUCGGUCGCUGGGCAAGGCGCGAUUCUAUCAGAGCACUCAGCAACACAACUACUGCAUCUCCUUGAGCCUAUUCAGAUUGGAUAUGGAGCCAGCAUCAUCUCGUUCUUGGGUGCAAUCCACUGGGGCUUGGAAUGGGCCAAGUACGGGGGAGUUCACGGCUAUCCUCGCUACGCAAUUGGUGUCUUCGCUCCCAUGGCUGGCUGGAGUGCAACCGUUAUGCCCAUUGAGUAUGCUCUGAUCACCCAGUUCUUGAGCUUUGUUGGGCUGUACUUCAUCGAUACUCGUGCCGCGCUCAAGGGCUGGACGCCUCCAUGGUACCGCGAGUACCGAUUCAUCUUGACUUUCAUCGUCGGUGUCAGCAUUGUUGUCACUUUAAUUGGCCGUGGUGAGGUCUCGGCCAAGGUCGGAAGGAUGCCAGGUGCGGUCGACAGAGUCAAGGCUCUCCGCGAGGGGUCUGAGUACAAGCUUGCAGAGGAAGAAGAGGCCAGAAUUGCUGCCAAGAAGGAUGCAGCGGCCAGCGACGACAGAGACAAGCACUAA